AUGCAUGCUUUUGUGAGUGGUGUUGAGGUUGACUACUUUGCUGCCGAGGAGGAUGCUGAGUAUUCUACGUCAAUCCCACCACUUGAACCCCUUUCAAGUAUAAUGAACCGUGUACCACCGCUGAGAUGUGGGCGUUCAAUGAGGAUGAUGCAAACUGUACGACCCGAGGAACGAGAGGCAAAGAGGCGAAAGCAUGGGAGAUCAAAGACAAGAGGUCACUUGCACGUUACAAUGUUGGAGUAG